UAAUUCUACCUACUACUACUACUACUUAAAUAAGAGUCCAGUCCGACAUUAGUGUUUAAAACCGUUUUUUUAAGUAUUUUCGUAUUAACAGAUCAGGAAUGGCCACCUACCAGCAGAGAGAAUUAAGUGGAUUGUGACAAGUUGGAGUUGUGUAGGGGGAAAUGGGAGACUUUAGUUUCAAGGUCCUUGAACGACAGCUAUGACCCUUUGCCUGCGGAUGAGUCAUGGCUACCAAGCGGCUGGCACUGGAGUUGGGACUGGUCCAGAAGAGGAAAGUGAAGGAUGGUUCGGCACGUGCUUGCAGAGUUGCCCAAGAAUUUGACUUCUUAGUUGUGUUAGACUUUGAGUCGACCUGUUGGGAAAAUGGAGCACGCAUGGGUCGGCAGGAGGUCAUCGAAUUCCCAGCGGUGCUGUUACGUACCGCCACAGGAGACAUUAUGUCUGAGUUUCAUCAAUACGUUAUGCCUGUAGAGCAACCGAUACUCUCAGAGUUUUGCAAGAAUUUAACAGGAAUAACUCAGGAGCAGGUUGAAGCUGGUGUCCCUCUUGGAACCUGCCUGGGUUUGUUCUCUUCGUGGAUCAGAAAAUUGUGCGACGAGCACCAAAUGUCUUUCAACACCAACGUGGCUUCUAAGCAUGUCACCUUUGCUACCUGGUCAGACUGGGAUCUUGGCGUUUGCCUUCAUUAUGAAUGCAACCGAAAACAGCUGAGGAAACCGGAGUUCUUUAACCAGUGGAUUGACAUUAGGCUAACUUACAAGAAUUUUUACCAGCGACGACCUCAAGGUUUGGCAGGAGCAUUGAAAGAUCUAGGCAUUUCGUUCGAAGGGCGAGAGCACUCGGGAAUAUGCGACACUCGUAACACCGCCGUGCUGAUUUCUCGCAUGGCCAAGGAUGGAUGCGUUUUGAAGAUUACAAAAUGUCUGACAGCAAAAGCCAAGGGUUUCACUGUCCGAGAAGCUGCGCAGAAACUUUUUAACCAGGUGAAGAAUGUUAUUCUCGGCAAGAGGCCCUUGGAAGGUGAAGGUGCCGAAGAUAGAAGCAAGCACAGUAAAGUACCAAGGCCAGCAUUGUCUGGUGUAGUAGCAUCUUCCAGGAAGGACUUAGAAGAGGAUGGGAAUGAUAAAGAUAACUCAGAUGACAUCAAUUUCAGUCUUGGUCUUUCAGGUUUAACAGGAAAUAGUUUGGAUGCCGUAAACGCAACCGACAGGGGUGCAGGCAAAGGUGGUCCUGUCAUCAAAGUAGGGGGUACUUUGGAAAAGGCUGCUGCGUCGAAUGUUUGUAAUGAUGGUAGGAAGUCAGAUAAGCCUCUGAUCCCUCUAAAGUGUAUAACUAAUACGGUGAAAAAUAGAAAUCCACGUACCGAUACACUGGCAACUCCAAAGUUACAUAGCCUUAACGCAUCAGAUUCUUUUAAAACUCCAGCCUUACCUGUUGUUCGUAGCAGUUCGAGAGUAUCCGUCGGUUUGAGUAAGUCCGUAGUGAACACUCCCAUACACCUGAACAAAUCCUCGGUGUCAUCGGUCGAAAGUGACAAAAGCCGUUUCAAGUACAAGAGGACGCCACCAUUCUGUGGGUGCGGCAGAAGAGCUAAGCUGCUCCUCACUUCAAAACCGGGACCGAAUGAGGGGCGGCACUUUUUCUCUUGUCCAAACGGUGGCACGGGGAGUAGAAAGAGUUGCAAGUUUUUCAAGUGGGAAGAUGAACCUUUCAUUAAAGCUCCCACGAUAGAUUCUUUCUGCGUGCCGUACGCAAACUUCGAGCCCUCUGCUCGCAGUCUUCCCGUUCAGAGGGUGGUCAAAGUCAGUGGUAUAGGGGUUAGGGGUCCUCAGACAGUGCCUGCUUGCAGUAGGAAAGUCAGGCGUGUCGGUUUGUCCAGAUGCGUACCUCAAUUUAAUCUGUCGCAGGAGAAGUCUGGGGAAAUGAUGUCCAAUUCUAGCAAUACAGAGACAGUUACUCAACAAAUAAAUAGAAGACCUUCAUUAGAGCCAUUUGAGAUAACUCCUUGCAUAAUCAGAGGAAAAUCCAGGUUGAAAUGAUGUUCCUGAUCUCUUAUUUGAAAACGUUUUUAGCGGAAUUGCACGAGGGCCAUUGACUUGAAAUCCAAGCGUCCAAAGAGUACGAUGUUCAUUUGAGAGUAACAGGUCAUAGGAAAUGAGAGAUCCCUCACGAGAAAAGUAAAAUCAAGUGAAAAAGUUCAUAAAUAAAUAUAUAAAAAUAUAAGUAUUUGAAUUCAUGGUGCUUAUAUCAUUUAUGGACAUAUAACUGUAAGACCUGAAAGUAUUUCUGUUGAAUUUUUAUCAUUAAGUUUGUGAGUCGUGUUUUAAUAUUUUAACAUACUGCAAGUAGACAAGUGGUCUCUGUAAUGUAAAGGAGAAGGAAUAAUUGUGAAUAGUGUAUACAAAUACUCUAGACUACUUUAGUUUUAUAGAUGGAAAAUAUUGACCAAUUUCAUGAAUGAACUCAUGUACAGUAUUUAUUUAUUCUAGUCCAGACAGCUAUACAAUGAAAAGAGCUCAGUUUGACUUACAACAUUAUUGCUUUUUAUGUAACAACAGGGUGUUCUAACUUGCUAUUAAAUAUUUACAAGUUUUUUUUUUUAGAUAGUUUUUACAGACAGCUUAAUGAAAGUGUGACACUCUCAUGUGUCAAAAUUUUAAACAAUAUGUACGUAUGCAUGCAAGAAUUGCUCUAUCAUACACAUUCAAAAUUUUUUGCUGUAGUGUGAAUGGAUAAGUUAAGAAUAAAAAUUAUUGUGAAUUUGAUCUGCCUUCUAUCAAGUUCAGUAUGUAUUAGACUAUGAGGGUUUGUAAGUGAGAGGUGCUUUACCACUUUUAAUGUAUGUGUCUGUUAUUGACUGAGCAGAUACCAGCACUUUCCACCUAACUUGAAUUCACAGGAGUGAAAUUUGCAUUUACUAUUCAGUAGUAUGCACUUAAGUUUGGUCCCUGUAGCUAAGUGAUAGAACAUUUAACUCACUGGCAAGUCCCAAGUUGUAUCCAAGUAUGCCCUAGCUAGUCACCACAGCUGCAAAUAGCUAGUAGCAUCAGCUUGAAGGUGGAGGCAGGACUGGAAAGAGAUGACAUUUGAUUUCUAAGGAAGACUAUGUAUAAUGUAUAUUUUCCAUUCAUUGUUAAAAGUAUAUGAAGGUGCGAGUUCUUGUAUUACAUUUGCGAGAAUUUUUCUUUUUUAGUCUGCUUAGUUGUGAAACAAGUUCUUGUGAACAAAAUUUCUUAUUCUUAGAACCAGACAUAACUUUUAUCUUGUCAGUUAAUCUCCAUUGGUCGUAGUAGUGUGACUUAGUCACUAGGGAAUUUUUUAUGAUGAUUAGGGUUGAGCUUGGUAGUUCAAACAACCCAACCAAAACCAGGGAAUAUGUUUCUAUGUAACCAAACAUUUUGGCCCCACCCUUAACUGCAGACAGGAUCUUGCUAAGGAUGUUCCAAAAAAUGUAAUAUCGUGAUUAUGACUGGGAACAAAAUCAUUAUAGGCACAGGAUAAAUCACGACUAUUAACAGAACUGUGAUAGGCAGUGGAUAGACAAGAAUCAGUGCUUACGUUUUGAUAAAAGUUACCACCAAGACUCAGCCAGGAGAAGGGAGGAAGACAUGUUAAGAGAGGAACUUUUUAAGGAUGGUAAGACCUCAGGGCCUCUUCGUUAUAGGAAUUGCGUAGUGUCAACAUUGAAGCAAUGUGGAUGUAGGGUGUAAACAAUUCUUUGACCUUUACAGGGAUGUGGGUAGGAUUUUUGUCCAGUACUUUCCAGAAGACCAUAACUAUAGAAGCCAAGCAACCAUCCUUCAUUUGGUCAUAAUUUUACUUGGUGCGUCAUAAUUUUCUUUUUGAUGGUUGGGUGUAGUCUGAACAAUGUUGAUGUAUUGUUGUCCAGGUGCUGAAUAAUAUUUUGUAACUUUAAAUCACAUUGUGUGUAUUCUCAGUCUUGGCCAGUUAUGGGAAUUUAACUUUCACGAAUUUCGUGUCAUGUAUGUAAAAAUCCAAUGAUUUGUUAGUGUUAUAAGUGUUUUUGUAACAGGAGUGUCCAUAUUAAUGUCUUAUUGGUGAUUAUUAUAAGAGAAUAAAGGCAUUUUACCUACUUAUUUUAAUCCAUUAGCAAUUUGUAUAGAUACAUUUAUAUAGUGACAUAAAUAAAUCAGUGACCCUCAGCGUAUGUUGUUCCCGAGUGAAGAUAUUUGCAAUUUGACAAGUGGCUUAUGUAGUAAGGAUUUGUACCGUAUAUAUAAAGACCAUUUGUUUCAUAAUUACUUUUGUACAAAAGUUACUUUUAAAAUCCCUGCCCUGUUGAUUGUAGUCUUUGAGGGAAAGAAAAUAUGUUGCGAUGGCUGAACGCUCCAUAUCUAGAUAAAUCCUCCUAAGGGGUACAAAAAACACAGAGAGCAAAAAAGUACGUGUUGUACAAAGUGCGCUAACUGAAGGGAUGGCCACCAGAGGCGCAGCAGUCGGUAGCGUGGGAUGGAGUAGUAGUAGUUGCUGCCCACUCUGUGGGUCGGCUCCCCUCUUGUGGGGGUUUUGUCGUAGGAGAUUUCUAUUGGUAAGAGGUUCGUGGUAGUGGUCUCACUCGCCCUAGUGUUCAUACCGACGCCCUCUUGGAGGGUGAGCGAGUCAGUUAUACUGACCUUUUCUUUAUUUUAUUUAUUCUCUGGUAUGUGUUAGUGCAUUUACCUUAGAAAUAAUGGAUUAAAGGGAUAUUUCGCGCAGCGACACGAACUGAGCCCAGAAAUAUGCAUUUUUAUUACAUGUAGCAAAACAAAAAGAAUUGUUACGUUUAAUAAAGAAUUUAUGAAAGUAUAAUACAUUUGAACCUUGAUUGAGGACCAAGUAUUGUUAAAUAUUUUUACUAUUAAUAUGUACUAUAAUUUUAUUUUUAUACUUAAUACUGUUAAGCUCGUACCUGUGUUCUGUAAUGAAUGUAAGUUAUUAAUUAAUAAUAAGUAUCCAUCACUGA